GAUAUAAACAUCGAAAUCAAGUGUGCUAUUUACAGUAUUAAAUUGCUUUGCCUGGUGUUAACUCCCAGAAAUGAGCAAAGUAGUGCUAGUCACCGGUGGCACCGGUUUAAUAGGAAAAGCUAUUGAAACAGUUAUCAGCGCACAGAAACCGGAAAACGAACGAUGGAUAUUCGCUGGAUCAAAGGACGCCGAUCUCACCGAUCUAGCGGCCACGAGGAAAAUGUUCGAACAACAUCAACCAACGCACGUGGUGCACUUGGCCGCUAUGGUCGGCGGGUUAUUUCACAACAUGAGCAACAACAUCGAUUUCCUGCGAAAGAAUAUACUCAUCAAUGACAACGUGCUGCUCGCUAGCCACGAAACGCACGUGCAGAAAGUGGUGUCCUGCCUAUCGACCUGCAUUUUCCCCGAUAAGACACCGUAUCCCAUCGACGAGACAAUGAUUCAUAACGGACCUCCACAUGAUUCCAACUUUGGCUACAGUUACGCAAAACGCAUGAUCGAUGUGUUGAACCGGGGCUACAAUCAAAAGUACGGUGAUAUGUUCACUUCCGUCGUGCCUUGCAACGUGUUUGGACCGCACGAUAAUUUCGUGCCUUCCGUAAGCCAUGUCAUCCCUGGCAUGAUCCAUCGUUUGCAUGAACUUAUUUACGUCAAGGAUGCCGAGACACCCCAAGAAGACAAAGUAUUCACGGUAUACGGCACUGGAAAGCCCUUGCGGCAGUUUAUCUACUCGCUCGAUCUGGCCAAGCUCUUCAUCUGGGUGCUGCGAAAUUACGACAGCCCCGAGCCGAUCAUCCUCUCUGUGGACGAAUCGGCCGAAGUAUCCAUCGCCCAGCUGGCGGAAUCGCUUGUAAAAGCUUUCGACUUUAAGGGAAAAAUCGAGUUCGACACAAGCAAGGCCGAUGGUCAGCUUCGGAAGACGGCCUCGAAUGCGAAACUGCGAACACAUCUGCCCGAGUUCCAGUUCACCGACUUUGACGUUGCGAUGAAGGAAACGGUACAGUGGUACAUACAAAACUAUGAUCAGGCAAGGAAGUAGGGUGGUAAGUGAGUUUUAUAAAACUACCGUACGCCAAGAGGGGGUCACAAACAGAAGAAUCAAAAAAGGAUUUCUUUCCCCAAUCCCGUUGUACAGCAAAUGAAUCGUUUAAUUUAUAUUUUGAA